CCGGAAGUAGCUGAGAUUCCAGCCUUUGUCAUUACAUUAUCAGGAAGCAAUAUCGAUUGGAUAUAUCGCACGCAACCGGAGAAGCAUUCUUGUCGAUCGAGAUUGGGUAGAAGUUGUGCGAUGCUAAGGGGUAAAGUGAUGGCUCCAGCACUACUAAUGUCAUGAUGUGCGUUCGUGGUAAUCCAAGAAAUUACGACGGAUGGGCAGAGGAAGGAAAUCGUGGCUGGAGCUACGAAGAAGUAGUACCAUAGUUUAAAAUAUGAAGUAGAAAAUAUGGUAGAAGUUCUACCAUAUUUUCUAAAAUCAGAAAAUAACAAGGAUCCAGAGCACAAACAACAUGGUUACCAGUCGGUACAACAAUUCCCAUAUAUUGAUACCAACGUUGUCUUGCUGAAUGCGUGGCAAGAACUCGGUUACAAAGUCGUAGAUGUCAAUGCAAACAACCAAUUAGACCAAGAAAAAAAACGUGUAACAGGCGUGGAAUAUGCUUCAGGAAACAACCGAACUAAAUUAAACACAGUUUUUGCUAAAAAAGAAAUAAUUCUCUCUGCUGGAUCAAUUAAUUCUCCAAAAAUUCUUAUGCUCUCUGGAAUUGGACCAGAAGAAGAAUUAGAGAAACAUGGUAUUCAAGUAAUUAGUAAUUUAUCAGUUGGAAGGAAUGUUCAAGACCAUUCAGGAAUGUAUGGUCCAGUAGCUGCAUUAAAUGUUACUUCCACGAGCAAAAAUAUCUCUCUGAUUGAAGACAUUUUCACUUAUGAGCAGACACAUAGAGGACCUUUAUCUGCAAUUGGUACUACUAGUGUCAGUGCUUUCUUGCAAACAAUGUUCCAACAUGAGAAUGGUGUGCCUGAUAUACAAGUUUAUUUCCCUCCAACUAAUCGUGAAGAUUUUUUAAAUAAUCCAGAUGAAUGUCUUGAUGCAGUUGUCGAAUCUUCAGUAUCUUAUUACGAUGCUAUAUCUAUUAUUCCAGUUUUAUUGUCACCUGAAAGCAGAGGAUUUAUAUUGUUGAAUGAGAGUGAUCCUGUAUGGGCACCACCUUUAAUUUACCUUGGAUAUUUUAGCAACAGUAGUGAUUUGGACGUGCUAGCAGAAGGAGUCGAAAUAGUUUUAAAACUGUUUGAUACAGAGUCAUUUAAGAAGAAUGAUUUCACAUUGAUAAAAAAAAACCUUUGCAUCCUUGUAGACAGUUCAAAUUUGGUGAAAGAGAUUAUUGGAAGUGUGUGA